AUGUACCAUUUCCGUCUUUACACGAGCUCUCGAGGGCGUGCCCAGCGGAUACCCACCGAGGCCGACCCUCAUGUUGAGGAUGACGCCCUCGAAGUCCCUGCCGGUGUGCAGGGAGUCUCUGCAGGCACACCAUUGGAGGCACCAACAACGCUCUCACCCAUCUCGCAGGCCCAUGAGGACCCUUCGAUUGAAUGGGUGGGCAUGUCAACCCAAGUGACACCUCCUUCACACCAAUCAGAUGCCUUCCAGUCACCCAUCAGCAGCCUGAACGCACCUGAACCAAAUGAGGAUCAUGGUGGAGCGUUGGGGGCAUCGUACAACCAAGUUGGAUUGGAGCAUAUGCCAUCACCACACAAAGACCGCACUCAGGCGAAUCAAGAAAAACACCAUUUGGCUGAAGCUCGUCAAAUCCGAGAGGCAUGUCUCCUGGCUUACUAUGUUGAUGAACUCUCUCACUGGUUCGAUAUUUGCGACCCUUUACGGAGCUUUGAGAUCCUAGUUCCCGAAAGAGCAAAGCACUACCCUCCUCUGCUCAACGCCAUAUACGCCGUCUCUGCACGUCACAUCUGCCGUCUGCGGCAAUACAGGACCCCUGAUGGGCGUAUAAUGUAUCGUGACCAGCUGCUCCAUGACACUCACCCCGGCACAGCAGUCGAGUACAUGCUGAAGGCACUCCCUGCCCUGCGCGGAUUUCACACGACCUACGACGAGGACACCCGCGGACUCAUGGUUGCCACAGCCAUCAUUCUACGCCAAUUUGAGGAGAUGGAAGAUGACCAUGAUGAUGACGAAGAAGAGGCGAAGCGAGCUGACCCUGACUCCCCUCAUACACCCCCUCAAAGGGUCAAUUUCCUGUCUAUUAUCAGCACCGUCCUCAAGAGCUCCAAUGCAGAGGAAUGGUCGAGCCAUUCCAGUCUCUUGAAAGCAUCGUAUUGGAUCGCACUCAGACAAGAGAUCUACUACGGCCUCCUGAAGGGCCACCCUCCGGAUUUCGUACAGACACCCCAGAUUUACGCCAAUGCAUCUCCCACAAACCGACUGAUUAUACAUGCCAGUCAUGUUACGGCAUGGCACUUUGACGGUAGAUCAGAGCAAGAGUGGUUGAUACUGAAACAACAAGAAGAAACUCUCGAGGAGACGGUGGUGAAGCAAUUCGAGCCCAUACUAUCAUUGCCUCCUAAGAAGGAAGAUGGCCAUGUUUUCCCCAUAAUAUGGUACCACUCCGCCAUUGGACUUACUGCAAUGCAACACUUUUUGCUUGCAAAGAUGAUUCUUCUGGCCGAGUCGCCCUUGCUAGUACAAUCAUCCGAUGCCAGGUCGGCGUUCAGGGAGGCAGAACUGCGAGUUCGCUCCAUCGUGCUGGAUAUCUGUGGUAUCGCGAUACAGCACCCGAAGACCCCCCCUGCUCUGGUGAAUGCGGCAUUGGCGAUACAUCUGUAUGGUCAUUUCUUUGUGGAUCACUACGAACGGCAGGCACUCAAGGGUGUUAUCGGUCGGUUUCGUGAUGCGUGUGCUUGGCCAGUGCCAAGGCCACUACAGCAGUUCGAGUGA